AUCUGUCCAAUGAAAAGAUUAGCAGAACCUAUUGAAUGACCUCAUCUUUUAAGCUCUAACAUUAUCUUAUCUUACCUUAUUUGAUGCUAUGUUCCUUUUGAGGCGGACAGAGGUCUGCGUGCGGUCUGUAUCUGUGUCUGUGUGUGUGUGUGUGUGUGUAUGUGUGUGUGUGUGUGUGUGUGAGUCUGCGCGUACAUGUGUGUGCAUCAGUGUGUGCAUCAGUGUGUGUGUGUGUGUGUGUGUGUGUGUGUGUGUGUGUGUGUGUGUGUUUGUGUUUGGGUUUGUGUGUGUGUUGUGUGAUCUGGUGUAAAUGAGGCCCUGCCAACCGUCACCUCCGCCACACAACACUUGCUCAGCAGUGGCAGGCCAUCAAAAACCCACUCGUUCCCACUCCACCUGUUCAAAACACAAUCAAUCUGCUGCCGCCCAAUCAGGGGCCUGGCCCUGGCAGCGGGGCCAAUGGAAUCGCGUUAACGCUGAGGGGCGCCGACCAAUCCCGGGCCGCAUUCUAAUGUGGCCUGGGCCUCCUAUCUUUAUCAAGGUGCCACUUCAUUAUCCAGAUAGUGCUUACUUAUGACUCUUGAGAGGGAGCGUGCAGGAGGAGCUGCUGUGAACCUGACCCACCGUGUGUUUCCACUGAAGGACGUAAUAAUGGAGUGAGGCCGGGGCGAGCCAUGGCUGGGAGGAUAGGUGAAGGGAACGCGUGAGAACAGGAACCCCUGCAGAGCGCUCGCCUCACUGUCUCAGCGUCCCAUGCGGGCAGAACCAGGACACAGGGAGCGCUUGGUACAGAGGAGCGGCCCCUCCAAACCCCGCCGUCGUACGCACCAGAGAACCCGAGGACCGCAGCGGUGACCCGGGACCCCCCCCCAGUCCUACCCAGUGUGCCUCCCCUCACCCUCAGCGUCCUCCUCCCCGCUUUACUCCUAACUGGGACCUCACUGGGCGGCUCUGUGUGGAAGAAGCGGUUUUCCAUGGAUCCGAACAUCCAGGGCUCUUUCCUGUUCAACAACAGCCUGACCCCGUUCCCGUCGGACCUCAAGGCGCCGGUGUGCCCGUACGCCGUGCAGAACUCCUUCUACAAGCUCGGACCGGGCCUGAGCAGCCAGCUCCCCGCCGGGACCCCGCACGGCAUCAGUGACAUCCUGAGCCGCUCCAUGAUGGCGGUGAGCUCCCCUGGCGGAGCCACCACCACCACCACCCUGCUGUCGGGGUACUCCACCAUGGGGGGCUUCGCCCACCCCGCCGCCGUGGCCGGGUCGGGGAUGUACUACAACCGGGACUGCGGCCCGGCGGCCUCCGUGGGGGGCUUCACCAAGCCCGCCGGGGCGGACUGCCCCAUGAAGGGCCGGAGCUGCUGGGCGGAGGGCGGCUACGACUGGAGGGGGGGCCGGCAGCCCUGCAGCAACAACAACGUGACUCUUGGAGAAAUGGCCGCCAGAAAGAAACACACACGGCCCACGUUCAGCGGCCAUCAGAUCUUUGCCCUGGAGAAGACCUUCGAGCAGACCAAGUACCUUGCGGGGCCCGAGAGGGCCCGGCUGGCCUACUCCCUUGGCAUGACCGAGUCCCAAGUCAAGGUGUGGUUCCAGAACCGGCGCACCAAAUGGAGGAAGAAGAGCGCGUCGGAGCCCAGCUCCACGCAGGCCUGCGGGGGGCUGGGGGCGGGCGAGGCCUCAGAGAACGAGGUGGAGGACGAGGAGUACAACAGACCGCUGGACCCCGACUCGGACGACGAGAAGAUACGACUGCUGCUGCGCAAACACCGCAGGGCCUUCUCCGUGCUGCGGCUCGGACCCCACCAUGUCUGACACACGCACACACACACAUGUACUGCAACUACACACACACGCUCGCUCUCACACACACACACACAAGCAUACAUGCUCAUACACACACACGUAUAAGCAUACACGCACACACACACACACGUACACACACACACACGUACCCACGCACACACAGACACGCUCGCGCACCCACAUACAGACGGGCACCCACGCACACACAAACACACACACACACACACACACACACACACACACACACACACACACACACACACACACACACACAGAGACACACACACACACACAGACACACACAAAAGGGCACUAACACACACUCACACACGCUCAUAAACGCGCUUACACACACAUGCACACACAGACACAAGCACGCACACACAUGCACAAACAUUCACAUACACACACAACCACACCACCACACACUCCCAUGCGCACACAGGCACACAACCACACACACACACACACACACACACACACACACACACACACACACACACACACACACACACACACACACACACACACACACACACACAGACACUCCCAGCAGACA